GUCCUUGAUUUGAGUUUCAAUGAUUUUAAAGGCCCUGGGUUUGAGCCACUUGAGAAUUGCAAAGCUCUCCAGCAACUAUACCUUGCUGGAAACCAGAUCACAUCACUUGCAAGCCUACCUCAGCUUCCUAAUUUGGAGUUUCUCUCUGUUGCGCAAAAUAAGUUGAAGUCUCUCUCAAUGGCAAGUCAACCUCGACUACAGGUGUUAGCUGCCAGUAAAAACAAAAUAUCUACUCUCAGGGGCUUCCCUUACUUACCAGUCCUUGAGGUUAGGACUCUGAAUUACUAUAUUUUCUGGUCUGGCCCUUACAGUGAGUGCUUAACUAGAUGUGCCACACACUUCCACUGAUCAAAGCAGCUUCAA